AUGAGCCUCCUUCGACCCUCGGCAGCGCUCGCGUACCUAGCAUGCACAGUCCUCGCCUUGAUCCCUCGACCAGAACAUAUUCCGGAUCCGCACUACAAGGAUUGGCCCCUUGAGCCCGAAGAUCUGGUCGGUCGGCUGUGCGUUGAUAAAAUGGCAGCGGCUUGCCUCGACGGUCAAGGGUGCGAAUCGGCGUGCAAGGUUUGUCUCGACGACCUCCCCAAGGGGCCGGAAAUGUCCAAAGCACAAUGCAGCUGGUCAAUCAUCACUCCCUCGGCUCGCGAGCACGUCCCCGACGUAAUAUUUAUUCAAGUGCAUGCAUCUAUGCACCCCGAUACGAGCACUCCGUCCUCUGCUCCGUCGAGGGGCAUCCCUUGGACGACUUGCAUCGAAUAUACGGCUCUCGUCCCGGUCAUCCGCGAGCGUCGUGCUGCUCGCUUCGAGCCCGCUCGUGUCACGGCGACUCUCGGCAGGACGUGCGAGGGCGCGCGGUCUGAAGGCACCAUGUUCCAUUACCUCGGCGCCCGCCGCACAUGCUCAGUACAUGUCGGUUUAUUUAGGGGUCAGUAUUCCAUGGCGUACCAUGGAUAG